GAAGUUGGACCGUUAAUCUUUGUUUUUCACUCCCCAUUUCUCAGCCAUACAACCAAACAAAAGAACAAUGGAGACGCUAAAGCAGAAGAAGAUCCCUCGAUAGAAUUCAAUGGAGCUAUCCCCGUUCCCUUCUUCAACCUCAUACUUCACACGAAAUACCAAUCUACAUGAUCCUAACAACAUUAACCAAUCACAGUUUACAUCAACAAGAAGAAGAAGGGAAAUAUCACCCAUUUCCAUCCCCAGAGUAAACGUCAAAUCCCCCUCCUCCCGCAGUUCAGUUAUUUGUCUCUCCACUGCUACAACUACAACAACUAAAAUUGAUGAAUUUGAGUUAGAGAGCAAAAAACAUGAUUUGCUAAGAGCAAUACAAGAUACUCAACGGGGUUUAAUUACUAACCCCAAUCAACGUUCUUCUAUUGAAGAAGCCCUGGUUUGUGUGGAAGGAUAUGACGCCGGUACGGAGAUAGACUUAAAGAAGUUGGAUGGGACUUGGAGGUUGCAGUAUACAUCUGCUUCAGAUGUGGUUGUUUUGUUUGAGUCUGCCCAACGUUUUCCGUUCCUUCAGGUGGGGCAAAUCUUCCAGAAAUUUGAAUGCCGGAACCAAACAGAUGGAGGUGUUGUCCGCAAUGUUGUUCAGUGGAGCAUCCCGAGCUUACUAGAGGAACAAGAAGGUGCUACUCUACUUGUUUCUGCAAAUUUCUCUGUUGUUUCUAAACGUAACAUAUACCUUGAGUUUGAAGAGAUAUCUGUUCAAAAUAUCAAAAUCAGUGAAGAGCUUCAGGCCUGGAUUGCUCCUGCAGUACUACCUCGAUCAUAUUUGAGUCUACAGAUUUUGCAGUUCCUCCAGACUUUCAAAGCUGCAGUUCCUGUGAGUAGCCCUGGGAGGAGGUCAGCAGGAGGACUGUACUAUCUUUCCUACUUAGAUAACAAUAUGCUUCUGGGACGUGCUGUUGGAGGCGGAGGGGUCUUUGUGUUCACAAAAGCUCAACCUUUUCUGUUGUGAAGCAAGAAAGGUUUGGUUUUCCUCACCAUCUGUUAAUGUCAUUGAAUUAUAAGAAUUCAAGAAGUACUAAGUAAAAUAUGGUACAUAACAUGUAGAACUAUAAGCCACUGCUAAUAAUAUUAAAGAUUUCAUAUUGCUGAUUCUGAAGGACGGCAGAUAUCUAGCUGGAAUGUGAUUCUAUUCC